GUUACCUAUGUUUGAGUGAAGUUUAUUAGGAUGGUUGACAGCUGUCCAGAGUCAUUAGUUUAUUUGCCAGCCCCCGACUUUUGAGUUUUUCAACCAGGCCUUGAGUUUAUUCUGUUCAUUUCUUGAGUAGAAUAUUUCUGUUAUGAGAGUAGGUGGGCAAAAUCUGAGAUUCUGUUGUUGGCCCUUGUGCUUCUGCGGGGACUUAAUCUCUGCCUUCUCAACUCUCCUUGCCUUUGUACAUCUCAUUGGGGUCAAGCCAGUCGUAUGACCAGCGUACACACCAGAACAUCCGUAUGCCCCCCAGCCUUCCCAUCUGUAAAAUGCAGGAAGCCUAUUUGUUGGAUGAUUUUCUGUUCAGAGAUCUCGUCUCUGCAUGCCUCAUUCUGCUCAGCCUCUCCUGGUUUGAGCAAUGUUCUCAGUUCAGAGUGCCCAUUUUGUCCUUCCCCUGCCUCUCAAAGCCACCCAUUCUUCAAGGACAGGCUCCUCCUUGAAACUGGGUGUCCCUGUAGCAGCUCUCUCUCCUUUCCUGACCUCAUGCUUGCAUGUAAAGGCAAGUAGCUUACAUUUGAUAAUUCUGCUUCUCCAACUAGAAUGUAAGCUGCAAGAGGGGCGGGGACCAAGCUGAGGUGUGUUUUAAAUCUCUUACUCUGUGGAGAAUAUCCCAGACCCUUGACAAGUCCUUAACUGUUGACCAUGUGGCAGGCAAUUUUGGUGUGAAAAUAUCUUUUCUAUUAGGUUUUGACUGGAAUGAUUUUUCAGCCAUUUCAAAAAGAGGUUUUAGAGUAUUGAUUAGGUCAUCCUUGGGAGGUUUUUAAAAAGUGUUAUUAUUACAGAACAUUUGCAUGAAGAGAGGAAUUGUGUUCAGGCUACUUUUCUCUAUUUCUCUCCCCCUGGUCUCCAGGUUAACUCCGUGAUGGCUUCAUACUGAUCCUGCUGCCCCAGAGACCAUGUGGGACCCUCACUUGAAGGAAAGCCCACCUCCCCUGCUCUCGAGAUGUUUAUAAUUACUUAGACAAUGAGGGUUCAAACUCUUUUAAAACUAAGAAAGAACAUACUACAUUGUGUUAGAAUUUCCAGUUAAUAAUGACAUGAUGGUCACUGACAACAAUGGUGUCAUCAAAUUUCCACAAUUGUGUAAAUUUUGCGAUGUGAGAUCUUCCACCUGUGACAAUCAGAAAUCCUGCGUGAGCAACUGCAGCAUUACAUCCAUCUGUGAGAAGCCACAUGAAGUCUGUCUGGCGGUCUGGAGAAAGAAUGAUGAGAACAUAACACUGGAGACGCUUUGCCAUGACCCCAAGGACACCUACCACGGAAUCGUUCUCGAAGAUUCUGCUUCUCCAAAGUGUAUUAUGAAGGAAAAAAAGGUGUUGGGCGAGACUUUCUUUAUGUGUUCCUGUAGCUCCGACGAGUGCAAUGACUACAUCAUCUUCUCGGAAGAAUAUGCCACCAACAACCCUGACCUGUUGUUAGUCAUAUUCCAAGUGACAGGCAUCAGCCUCCUACCACCACUGGGAAUCGCCAUAGCCGUCAUCGUCACCUUCUACUGCUACCGGGUUCACCGGCAGCAGAAGCUGAGCCCGUCCUGGGAGACCAGCAAGCCGCGGAAGCUCAUGGAGUUCAGCGAGCACCUGGCCAUCAUUCUGGAAGACGACCGCUCCGACAUCAGCUCUACCUGCGCCAACAACAUCAACCACAACACAGAGCUGCUGCCCAUUGAGCUGGACACCCUGGUGGGGAAAGGUCGCUUUGCCGAGGUCUACAAGGCCAAGCUGAAGCAGAACACUUCAGAACAGUUCGAGACCGUGGCGGUCAAGAUCUUCCCUUAUGAGGAGUACGCCUCCUGGAAGACAGAGAAGGACAUCUUCUCAGACAUCAACCUGAAGCAUGAGAACGUCCUGCAGUUCCUGACGGCCGAGGAGCGGAAGACAGAGCUGGGCAAGCAGUACUGGCUGAUCACAGCCUUCCACGCCAAGGGCAACCUACAGGAGUACCUCACGCGGCACGUCAUCAGCUGGGAGGACCUGCGCAAGCUGGGCAGCUCCCUUGCCCGGGGCAUCGCUCACCUGCACAGCGACCAUACCCUGUGCGGGAGGCCCAAGAUGCCCAUUGUGCACAGGGACCUCAAGAGCUCCAAUAUCCUCGUCAAGAACGACCUGACCUGCUGCCUGUGUGACUUUGGGCUUUCCCUGCGCCUCGACCCGACUCUGUCUGUGGAUGACCUGGCCAACAGUGGGCAGGUGGGAACUGCAAGAUACAUGGCUCCAGAAGUCCUAGAGUCCAGGAUGAAUCUGGAGAACGUUGAAUCCUUUAAGCAGACGGAUGUCUACUCCAUGGCUCUGGUACUCUGGGAAAUGACAUCGCGCUGCAAUGCGGUGGGAGAAGUGAAAGAUUACGAGCCUCCAUUUGGUUCCAAGGUGCGGGAGCAUCCUUGUGUUGAGAGCAUGAAGGACAACGUGCUGAGAGACCGAGGGCGACCAGAAAUUCCUAGCUCCUGGCUCAACCACCAGGGCAUCCAGACCGUGUGCGAAACUCUGACCGAGUGCUGGGACCACGACCCGGAGGCCCGGCUCACGGCCCAGUGCGUGGCGGAGCGCUUCAGCGAACUGGAGCACCUGGACAGGCUCUCAGGGAGGAGCUGCUCCGAGGAGAAGAUUCCCGAAGAUGGCUCGCUGAACACUACCAAAUAGCUCUUCUGGGGCAGGCUGGCCUACGUCGAAAGAGGCUGCCCCUGUCACCAAAGAACAGAGGCAGCAGGAGGCUGCCCCUUAACCCGAACCAAUGCUUCCUGGAAGCCCAGGGGGUCACUGCCCUCCCUGUAAGCCGGUGGGGAAGAUCCACCAGCGGCAGGGAGUGGGUGACGUGAAGCAUUCUAUGCCUUUGACGUUGUCAUAGGAUAAGCUGUGUUAGCUCUUCCUCAGGAAUUGAGACUGAUUUUUUACAAUAGCAAUAACAUUUGCACUUUAUUAAUGCCUGUAUAUAAAUAUGGAAUAGCUAUGUUUUAUAUAUAUCUAUAUAUGUCUAUAUCUAUAUAUAUACAGCCAUACUUUGGAAAGAGACAAGGAAAAUAAAAUCAAAUAUCCCAGGAAACUGGUUUGUUUGGAGAGCUCCGGAACCAGGCGCAGAAGGAAGGGAUCCGUGACAGCAUUAGCACUUGACAAUCAACACGUGCGCUGGUUUUCUGCCCACACGAGGUGGGGGCUCUGCAUUGGGAGAGGGGCUCCGAGUCUCUGAGCCUGCCGUGGCCACGCUGCACUUGCUUUUGCAAAAUAAUAAUUCCCUUUGUGGGGGAGGGAGGGCUUUCUGGAGCCAAUCAUAGUCACACUGUUUGGGGACCGGAUCCUGGGGUUCCUGUGUGCCACUGUGUCUGCUGGACUUUUCACUUGAGCUUCAAGCCCACCUCUGGUUUGUGAGCCAACUUCCUCAACCAGCUCAGAAACCCUGUCCCGUCUCCAAGAGCUUAAAAAUUUAGAGCCCCAUUUUUUUGCCUUUGCAGGCUUCACAGGCAUAAAAAUCAGGACCCAAGUUUCCCCACUUAUGAAAUUGCCACGUAUUCUCCUAAGGAGAGAUCAUUCUUUCUUUUCUUCAAUCGUCACUCCCUACCCCCCUGCCCCCAGAACUAUGCUACUAUACUCCCGUGCUACUAUAAAAAUUUGUUCCCUUUCCAUAAAGGGAACAAGUCUCCCCUCUGGGUUCGUUGUGUUUAGUUUUUCAUCAGGCUUGGUUUGGAGUCUAGCUUUCUAUGCAAACACCAGUGGGUUUCAUCUGUCUGGGCUCCUGAAUGCUCAGGUACAUUUUGGCCUAGUCAGAAGGAUUUGAGCUCUCAGCAUUGCCACGGUCAGAAGUGUUUCCUCAGGCACUCUGAUCAUGUGUUUUGCUUGGCCAGCAUGGCGUUUGAUAAAAUUGAGUCACUUUUUAAAUAUUUGGAGAUUUUGCAAAAAAAAAAAAUCUGGAUCCCACAAGCGAGGAUAGAUAGCUUUUCCCUCAUCCACAUUAUUCACAAAACAAAGGUGUGGACACACUUAUAAAGCUGCUUUACUUCUUGAUGUAAACAUUUGCAUUUUCCACUGCCCACCCCACCCCAGUCUGGGAAUUAAACCCACCCCUAACCAGGCCUCUUGUAAGAAAUGUACUUCCCAUCAAUCCUUCUCUGGCGGUAUGAGUUCGAGUCCCUCCCUCUUCCUGGUCUGGUGUUAAGAUUUGAAGUUGGUCUUUUUUUGGGCUGAAAGGGACCCCUUCUGAGUGGUCCCAGGUCAGCCAAAUCUAUUUUUGUCUAUAUAUGAAGAGCUUUCCCCCCACCCCUGCAUUAGAGAGGGGAGCUCUUACCUAGAAAUUUUUGCCACAGUUAUCUUUCUCUCCACCAUACCAGCCUUCCCGCCCUUUGCAGGAUUUGCCAGCAAGGACUUGAAUGUAGGACACGAGAGUCCCAUCUGCAGUUAGGAAGUCCGUGUCCACAUGGGCAAGAACAAAGAAUGAGCUUUAAUACUCCAUAGGAACUCGUUAAUCCACAAAGAGCUGUUAAUGCUGCAGAAAACGUCAUUUUCUAGAAUGUUUUUGAAGCUACCUAUUUUCAGCCAAAUAGGAAUAUAAGAGGGCUGGCAGUGAGUACAUCAGUUCCAUUUGGAUUUUGGAAGAUCACAUCUCUUUGAGGCUUAGCAGAUAUGCUGAGAUUUGAAAUUAGGUGAACCUCGUAGGCACCCUGCCCAGUGGGGGUGGGCUGAGAGAGUUUGGGACAGCUUGCCAGCAGUACCUUGCAAGUGCCCAGAAAUUCCAUGCACCUUAGGGUUUGUCGAUGCUGUUCCAAUAGCUGUUGCUCAUCGACCUCUAGUGGUGAAUUUCUAGAAUACUGGUCCAUUAAUGGGAUUUUCCGAGAUUCGAAAGAGCUUUAUCACUUCUGGGUGGUCAUCAGCAUAAACUGGAAUGUAGUGUCAGAUGAUACAGUGGCUUGUUUUAUUUCUUUUUUCUUUGUCAAGAAAAAGACCAAGGAAUAACAUUCUGUAGUUCCUAAAAAUACUGAUUUUUUUUUUUUACUCCUAUACAUAAAGGGUAACUUUUAUUCUUCUAUGGAACCCUUCAGCCGUACUCAUGUAUUAAAAUAGGAAUGUGAAUGCUGUAUACUCUUCUUAUAUCAAAUGUCUCAAGCACUUAUUUUCAUUCUAUGCAUUGUUUGUCUUUUAUAUAAAUAAAAUGUUUAUUAGAUGGAAUAAAGCAAAAAUACUCAGGUCA